AUGACUGGAGGCGCAGCGUCACGAGUCAGCUCAGCUCGAUGAGAGAGCCGAGAGGCUGGAAGGGAGCGAGAGGGGCGGAGCCAACGAGGCUUCCGUCCAAUCCAGGGUAGAGAUUGCAAAAUGCGGGAAGCUCAGGAAGCUCCAGGCCUGCCGCAGGGGAAUGGGGCGGGGCCAAAGCAGCGAGGCGGAGCGCUAUUGGCCAGUCGGUUGGCCGUGCGCGGGCUGCAGCUGGGCUUCAGGGCAGCUGUGGCUCUUGCAACAGAGGCGAGGACGAAGGCGGCUGCGGCGGCUGCGGCGGCUGCGGCGGCUGCGAUGUGAGGCCCCAGUGGACACCCAUAUCCCCCUGAACGGCCUCAAGGAGGCCCUGGCUGCAGAAUGGGCCCACUCUGCCCCAGUGAGAGAAAACGGAGGCGAAAUCAUACCAGUACGCUUCAAGAGUUAGCCAUGCUACUGCCUAUCCCCCUGCAGGCCAGCAGCAAAAAACUCACCAAGAAGGAGAUUCUCCUGCACGUUCUGCACUAUAUCAAACACCUCCAGCGAAGCAUUGAUGUGGCCAAGUCUCUUCUCUUAUUCCAGCCGUCAGACAAAGAAGAACGAAGAGCAGGGGCCACAGAUCCUCAUCCAUGCCUGGCCCUAGGCAGAGGCCCCUCCCAACCAGGGAGGCAGCCGGUGGACAAAUUGAGCCCAAACAGAAGCAGAGGAGAAGCUACGGGGGAAGCCGCUCUCCCCAGGAGACUCCCCACCCCUUGCCGACAACUGGAGUCCUGGUUGCCCCCAUCCCACAGAGGAGCUGGGCUCACACUUCUGGAGAUGGCUGAAGGCGGGGUUCACCGCUGCGUAGCAAGGAGCCAGGCAGAGCUGUUCCCUGCCUCUCCUGCACCAGCCUGUUGUGGAGGAUCCAGUGCCCAGGAAGAGUGCCCCUGCCCCACCUGCGAGCCCCAAAUGACAGCAGGUGGUGAGUGGCUGACACCUCACCCCUGGAGUGAGCCUCUGCCCAGGCAGGAGCUGGUGUUCUAUGACUCCUGCAAGGAGGAGGAAGAGGAGGAGGCAGUGGACACAGGGCCUUGGCUCUCAGCCGGGCCCCCCGACAGCAGCCCCCAUGGGAGCCCUGUGGUGGAUUCUCUCAGGACCAGGAGCUGGCCUGGAGUUGGCCAGCCCUGCGAGGAGCUUGGCCUGAGCCCCUCACUCUUUACCUCUCCGGGGCGACUGCUGCUUGAGAGGAGUCUUCAGGAAGGCACAGAGAGCUUCACCCAAGAUCUCUUUGAAGAUGUCUGCCUGAGUCCUGAGUCCUCUUUCUCCUCUGCCAGCCUGGCUGGGGCUCCACAGAAGAAGCCCCAGGACCCAGCCCCAUCAGCCCCUGGAGGCCCUCUUCGCUCCCUCAACCUCUUCCAGUCAGCAUUCUCUCUAGACCACUGUUACCUCUCGCUGAGUAAGACCAGCAAGACUGACUCCGGCCCCAGCUCAGGGGUGACAGAACUGGUGUCCUGGUGGAACAGAUGGCAGAAGGCCUCCCAGCCCACCCCAGACAGCUUCCUGUCCUCUAGCGAUGAGGAUGACGACUGUACCUGGACCCCCACCAAGUGUGCCUCUCCUCUGCCCUCCUCUGGGAGGAAGCGGAGGAGAAGCCGGGCAGGGCCCAGUGGCAGCGGCCUUGGCAGACACGAGGAGAGCAAGAAGGCGCCCUGUCCUUUCCCACUGAAGAAGAAAUGUGUCAACGGCUUCAUCAUGUUCUGUCGCCUCAACCGUGGACAGUACAUUCGAACCUACCCUGGCAUGCCAUCCACCGCGGCUACCCAGGCGCUAGCAGGCCUGUGGCGGGUCAUGACCAAGCAGGAGAAGAGGCCGUACUGGUAAGAGGGUGGCAUGUGUGAGCGCCCCUCGGUGAUCCCCUCCCCUAGCAUCAAGGCCCGCAAGUUCAGCCGCCAGCACAACCGCAUCAUCAGGCAGGACUGUUCCAGCGAGGAGGAUGACUGCUUAUCCCCCAAGCCCUUCCACCUGCUCCUGGCCGAGAAGGCCCUGAGCUCCCCAGACCUGGCGUGCACAAGCUCCUCUCUGGAGGGCCCCCUUGCUGACAGCCCAGCAUCUCCGUGAAGCAGGGGCUGCCCCCUUCUCUGAUCCCCGGGUGGCCAGUGGGGGAGGGGCCGUGAAACUCCGCCCCCCACAAGAGCUGACCCGGGGAAGAGGGGCCUGGCCCCCACCAGCCUGUCCGCUGGGAAUUUGUUGGCCUCUGAGCACAUAUGUGCAGGGGCUAAUAGGCUAGUCAGCACCCCUAUUUAUCCUGUAGGAAGUGGGGUACAUGGGGAGACCCCGGGCAUGAGGGCAACAAACUCAGGCUCCCACUUUCCUCAGCUUUGGGUCAGGAUCAAAUACUUGAAACCCAAUUGUCCUCUCACUCCACCCCCCCCCUCCAACUCUGUUAUAUUUAUAGAUUAUUUAUUGUUCUAAAAAUAAAAUCACACUUGUUCUUGGACUUUCCCUGCAGAAUGCUGGGUUGUAAUACUGUCCUGGCAUGGAAACAGGACCUGCCCCUGAUCCUAGGACACGUACAGGGACUAUGGUGGGGGGGGGGAGGGGAGCAAACGGUUUCUGGCCUCUCUAAACCACCCCCCUUCCCCAGCAGCCUCGCUUGGUGGUCAGACCACAAACCCCA